CCGCUGUGUCUGUGGGGGACUUCAAUGCCGGAGCGGUUUCAUAUUACCCUAGUGUUUAUUAAUAGUUAUAAAUAAGAGGUUUUAACCGGAGAUAUCUGAUAACGUAGAUGAAAACAUUAGCUUUCAUAAUACGCCUUUGACGGCUGUAGUGCGUCGAAUAGUCUCGUCCGUAAUAAUAAAAAAAAGUGCAUGUUUUUGGACCAAACUGCAUCCACAUGAAGCACCUGCAUGGAUGGAGAUCACCUUUAACUGACGGCUGUUUUCAAAAGCUGGCUACCUGUGUGCCCUGCCUCUUGUUGUCUAACGUGUCCCACUUAAGCCACUUUGAAUAUUUCUUUGCCAUUGUGUAGAUGCACACAAACACCUGGCCGCAAGGAUUAAAUUAUAGGAACAUGGAGACAGCUUUCGUUGUCCAGCCUUAUCCAGAAGUAUGAUUGGAGCAUCCAGUCUCUCUGGGGACACCUUGAUAGCCUGCCAUUUCCCCGUGGUGCAGCUUUCCACUUGGCAGCUUCCUGUCCAGGCCCUGUGCAGCUCUGCCAAGAGGCCUGGCCGGCUGUGCUCAGCAGGCCUGACUCGGGCUGUGUCCCUCCCAGAGCAAGAGUCGAUAAACUGUGAGCAUGCCUUCACCGGUGACCGGAGACAUUUUUCCAGCAGCUACAGCAGCCUCAACGAGGACCGGACGGAAGAGGAGGGAGGCAGCGACGGAAGCUGGAAGUGCGAAUCCACCUCGUCGCCCGAAGAGACGAGUUCCCACCAGAAGAAGGAAAGCUCUGUGCCUAGAAGCAAUGUCCGGUCGCGCAACUCCUUCCUUCCCUGUACAGAGCUAAAUGAGGACGAGGAGGAUGAAGACAGCGACGGAGAUAAUCUGCACAGAUAUCACGAGGACUCUUCGUUUGUGCUGCAUGGAAAUUCCAAUUGGCCACUAAGUAAUGUCGCCACAAAUUACCCAAUAUACCCAAUGCCCCACGGGAACCUGGACAGUGAAUGGGGCAAUGAGGGAACUAUGCUGGUUAGUGAGAGUGAUCAGGAGUGGCUCUCUAACCAGUCCAACCAGAUGGACUCACUGCCACCUGAAUGCCAGUGCUGUCACAUGAGCAGAUCUGGCAUCACGAUGUUGGCUUGUUUGGAGAAGGACUCAGACAGACUGGAGGAUAACAUGUCCUGCUGCCUCCACGGCCAACGCAAAUGUUCCCCAGAGCUUCUUUCCAACAACCACACAGAGUAUGUCAGUGACUCUUCCUGUAACAGUUCUGACGGCGUCUUGGUUAACUUCUGCACUAUGUACAACAGGAGCAACAAUCCUGCCACACCUCAUGAUCUCAGCAGUCCUGCAGCUCACCCCUCUGGGUCAUCAGAGGGAUGUGUAUUCCUCAACCUCCAACCUGUCCCCCAAAGUCAGAAUGAAGAAGUCAAACUUGAUAGCAUGACGGUUUACUCUCCUCCGAAAGAGGAGGUUGACAUGCUGCUUUCUGCUUCCCGCCUGUCCCCUCGGGGCCUUGACUCUAACUGCAAUCUGUACUCACUAGAGGAGCUACCCGCGGGUCUCUCCUCUCUAGAGGUAUCAGACCUGACUGCCUGUCUUCAAAGCCAGGCCACACUGGCCAUGGGGACCAACCAGAAGUACUACAAGCUUGUGACUUGUGACCUCUCUUCCCAGUCACCCAGCCCGGCCUGGUCCAGUGUCACCGGCUGCCCCGAAGGUCAGAGCAGAGGCAGCCCCUUCCUUCUCAGUUUUGAUCAGAAGAAAGAAGGACAGCAGAAUGAAAUUGAGAAGGAGAAAGAGGACCAGCAAAAGGAGACGGGUGUUCAGUUUGACUGUUCUCAUUUUCAGAUCCAAGAUUACCAGGUUGCAACCACCUCCACUGACAAAGCCCUCUGCAGAAAGAAACAGGCAGAUAGCAUCCAGAACCUCUCCCACACGCCUUGCUCGCUGUGCCCCAGCCAGUGUGGCCCACAUAGCAGUAAAUGCCAAGACACAAGAGUGGCAACCACACAGCCAUCUGUGAUGCAGGACCAGGAGCACAACUAUCCUUGUGAUACUGAGAAGGGACCAAGUCCAGAUGUGGUGCGCUACAGUAAAGCCCAGAGGCCAACCUCGCUGCCCAUCCAGCCCUUUGUUCUGGUUCCUGCAGGAAAGCCGCAGCCGCCGUCCCAGCCCCUCGGCUGCCUGCUAGAGCAGUAUCUAAAUAAAAAGAGCAGUAAGACUGCUAACGCGCAGCCGGCCUUCAGUUUCAAAGGCAAAAGCAGCCAAAGUUUUUCAGAUUUUCACCCAUCACUGACAGACAACCACUGCUCCAUCUUCCUAGAGGCUCCUUCUAGCUCUGAUACCUGCUCCACCUGCACACCAAGCCCAGAGUGCUUCAUCCGCACGCGUUCAUGGAAUCAGUUGGGUGAAAGCCAAGACUGCACCGGUCCAUGCACGUCAAACAGCAGCCUGGAUUCACAUCAUACUAGUUGUCCCACAGAGGCUCAAGAACAAGACAAAGCAGGCCCACAUUCAGGCCAAACUCAGGCUAACACUUUGCUUAGUCUUGUCUCGGCUCCAAAUCGAUCCAGUCUCGUUAGGAUUCCCACCUACCAGGACUUGAUCAGUCUCACCUUUGAGCAAAGCCAAGUGCGCGCUGAGCCUAAAAGUGCUAAUCAUUCCCUUAACUACACCACCUAUCAUUCAAUAUUGUCUCAAAACCCACCCACUUUAACCAUCACCACUGACACCCAUCACCCAAACUCGCAGGUGUCUGUUUCUCCUCCCAAAACCUCACUGCCACAGGAAAAGCUCUCACAGUGUGGAGCCGCACCUGCAGCUGACUCAGGCUUUUUUCACUCUAGUUUCACAGCUGCCCUCUCCUCAGUGGCUCCUCUCUCCUCUCUGAGUUCUCUCCUCUCCUUGGCCGCUUCAGGGCUGCAAAUCCAGGACUCUGCUGGACACAGUUUGAAGCCAAAUCAGAGUCAUCACAGUGAGUCUCUGAUCCUGAGCGACAGGCCGCCCACAGAGUUCAACCUCUCACCCGAUACGUCUUAUGAGUCCAUGUCUAUCAGCCAUCUUCAGAGGAGAGGGUUGCUGAGGUCUGUGAGCAGGGCGGUGGAUCUGAUUAUGGCUCAUUUUGGCAGCAGCAGAGAUCCUGAAGAAAAGAUGCGCCUGGGGAACAGUUCUUACAGUCCUACAAUCGCUGGUCUGGUCCUGGAACACUUGUGUCCAACGAUCCAGGAUAUUCUAGAGGACGGUCUUAGGGAUCACAAACUGGAUUUUAUAAUCGGACAACGCCGCAAUCACGCCUGGAGUGUGGUCGAAACCUCUGCUAGGAUUGGUCCAUCCACCAGAGUUCUUCACAGUCUUGUUUCCAAAAUCAGACACUGUCCCCAGCUCACCAGCCACUGCAUGAAACUGAGAGCCUUCAUCAUGGGCCUGCUUAACUUGAGAGCUUUGGAGUUCUGGCUCAGUCAUCUUCAGAGUCAAAAAGAUGUUGUGACAACCUACUACCAUUCUUGGGGGUUCCUGUCUAUUUCCCUGGGUCGCUGUCAUCCUUUGUUUCAGGAGCUGCUGCUUCUCCUGCAACCACUCUCUGUGUUGCCCUUUGACCUCAACUUGCUUCUGGAGCCCCGACUGUUACGCCACAGACAGCUGUGUUCAGAGGAGCAGGCUCUCUCCCCACCUCAACCGUGCUCAGCGCUUUUAGCAACCAGCUGGCCAAGACUGCAAGGCGACAAAAAGGAAGGCAUCAGCUACUACAGUCAGAUUUCACACCAGAUUGAUUUGCACCGCCAAGAGUCUCUCAGCUCUCACAGUUCAAGUUGCUACAAGCAACAGUGUGGUUGUAUGCAGACCAGCAGGAGUCCAGUGUUAGCUCCUAUUCCAGAGUGGUGCCCUAAGGAGCCUGACGUUGUGGAUGGAAUGGAGGACUGUAGCCAAAAUAAUACAGAUACUUGGUUUCAAAUAAGUAUGGACAACAAGAAAGAAGAAACAAAGGUGGAAAAAGACUGUGGCAUCUCAAAUCCACCUACUACCGAACAGGCACAAAGUCCUUGUUGGGGUGGGCUUCGCUGGGCUAAACUGUUUGGAGCAACUGGUACUUCAUCCACACUGGGAGCAAUUUCUCAGAGUCACACAGGAGCACAAACCACAAAGCACAGGCGACCAUCACAGUGGCUACAUUUGGACCGAUCACAGCUUGGAUUCUUGGCUCAAUCCAUCAGGUCCAUGAAGCUAGGAGGAGCUCAACCAGACAAGGACUGCUGAAAACUAAACCCUCCAUGGGGGAGAGCCAGACUGCGGAUUAUUUACUGUAAGAACAAAAGUCUUAACUGGAUGAAAGUGCAGCGCUUAGCCAUGCUGCAGAACUGAGAAGAAAGCACAAAAACGCAAGAUUAACAGCUUUGGUUCUUACUCAACAAGCUUUGCAUUACACCAAAUGUUGUGAAUCAAAGCAAUGUUUUUGUGUUCUUGCUGAGUACCUGUUAAAUAUCAGCUUAUCACCAUGUUGUGCUUUUAAAACAAAUUAGCGCUAUGGACAGGGGAGGGUGUAGCAUCACAAAGUGUAGCAUAACAGCAAAAAAAGACUAGUUUAAGUGGCAGAUCUUCACAUCAGACUAAUAAUGUGUCAAUGUAUAAAUUAAUUAUCUAUGUAUGCAGAAACAUGUGUUACAUAUAGUAUUCAUGAAAUUAUAAAUGACAGGAAGAGACCUAGUGAUGCUGAUAUAACAGCUCUCUAACUAGUUACUCAAAUUGGAGUUAGAUAUGCACUCACUUCAUAAGCUAGACCUGUUCAACUGCUUGUUGAUGCACAUCUAAUCAGUUAGUCACAUGGUAGCAACCCAAUGCAUUUAGGCAUGUAUACAAGGUCAGGAUGACCUGCUGAAGUUCAAACUGAGCAUGAAAAUAGUUGCUAAAUGGGCUAGGCUGGGUAAUUUAGGAACCGGUUUACAGUUUCUAAAAUACAGAGAAUGGUCAAAAAAAGGCCAGGUGAGCAUGGCCAUACUACUUUGAGCUGAUAGCAAAGUAACGGUGACUCAAAUAAGCAUUCGUCACAAUCAAGGUUUGCAGAAGAGCAUGAAUGCACAGCACAUCAAACCUGGGACCUUGACACUCCUGUCCGCAAAAUUGGAAAACAAGAUCUGAAAAACACUGCCUUGUCUAAUGAGUGUCGAUUUCUGUAGGGUCAGAACUUGGCGUAAAUAACAUGAAAGCAUGGAUUCAUGCUGCCUUGAAUCAACAGUUCAGGUUGUUGUUGGUGUGAUGGUGUGGGGGAUAUUUUCUUAGCACACUUUGGGCUCCUCAGGAGUAACCGAGCAUCAUUUAAACACCACAGCCCACCUGAGUGUUGUUGCUGAUGAUGCCCAUCCCUUUAUGACCUCGUUAUGAUUCAAAUCAUGGAUGUGCAGCUGAAAAAUCUGCAUCAUAGUCAUGUUGAUAUGAACUAAAAUUUCCAAGCAAUGUUUACAACAACUUGUUGAAUCUAUGCCAUAAAGAAUAAAGGCUGUUCUGAAGUCCAGGUCCAACCCAGUGUAGCAAGGUGUACCUAACUGUGUACUGAAUGGUUUAGAUUCGGUUUGAGCAUGUGCAGUGACAAACCUUCUAAGAGCCUGUUAGUGCGUUUACAACCUGCAGAUUGUUUCUCAGUAGGUUGCUUAGUCUGAGGUUUCAAAAAGGGAGUACAGCAAUUGGUUCUUUUAUUUUCUGUGGAGUUUUGUAAUUUGUGCCAUUAGUUGUCAGACACGACUUGAUAAAUAUGAUCAGGCUAACAAAAAUACAAAUCUAUUUCUAAAAAGAUGGGAAGCCAUGUAAAAAAAAAAAAAAACAGGAAUAAAAUUACCUGCAAACAUUUUAACCCAUCAUUUACCAAAAAAUAGAAAAAGACAGCAUCAAAUAUUGAAAAUGGUAAGUAAUUUUUUUAAGCUAAUUUUUAAUUUGAUGCCAGCAACACUUUUCAGAAAAUGGGGGACAAAACAAAACAAAAAUAAGCACUUUGUGAACCAUCUUUGCAGUCUAACGUGAUUAAAUGAUAAAAAGAGCAUCAUAGAGGCGCUGUCUGUCCGAAGUAAAGAUGGUAAUGGUGAUCUUUGGGCCCUUGAGGGGCAGCAUUCGCUCUCGAGAACAUCUUGACCGUCAUUUUCUAGGAAGAUUAAACUGAUAUCAGGACGUCAGCACCUGAACACAUCAUGCACAUGUUCCAGCAUCAUGGCUGUAGUAGAGACUGGGAGGUUUCUGUGUAAAUACAACAUAUGACACAGGGCGCCCCCAGCAGUCGAGCAGCUGAAAAGCAAACAAAAAACAAAAAAACCAAACUGCUCUGUUCCCAAAUUCUUAAAAAUGCUGUAAAAAGAAGAUAUAAUGCAACAGAGUAUAGCAAAUCCAGGUGUCAUCUUUAAAAAAACUUAAAAAGUGUCACUGGCGUUAAAUCAAAAUCCUCUGCAGCAUUGCAACGUUUAAUAUGCUGGCUUUGUACCUAAUACCAAAUUUAAAUGAUGAGCAUGUUAUUGGAUUCUGGUUUUUGUUUACAUUUUACUCACUUUUUUUCUCUUUUUUUUAUAAACAAGAGAAGUGUGUUUAAGCCAAAAUCUUUUCCAGGAAAUUGUUUGAUGAGCAAGACAGAUGAGCAAGGGCCACUGCCCCUAUCUGAUUUGUGGACUAACCGUGAUUAGGUGAUUAUGUUUCUCCUGCAAGCCGAUGCCAUUCAUAAAAUGUGAAUCUGUUGUAGACAGAUGUUGUUCAAAACUUCCUGUUUCUCACAUUACUUUCCGUCACUGCUUGGCCUUGUCAUUUUAUUGAUGAAAAAAAGAAAAAAAAAAGAAAUAGAUGCUUAUCAGUGCCAGAUACGCCACACACACACUCACACACAUCAGCCUCCUGUAGUAGAUCGUCAGUGAUGGUUUUAUUCCCAGUAACUUGCCUUUCUUCUCCAUAUUCACAGCGUGGAUUUACUGUAAAUGCAUGUCGAGUCAGCAAAAGUACAGAAAGUCGUCCUGUCUUCAUUGGAUCUCUCAACUUCCUUUCGCUGCUUUUCUCCCCUUUGACGUUUUUACAAGUGCAGAUUUUGUUCUGGACAUUUUCUGGCAUGGAACUUUUAAAUGUGUAGAGCUGUUUGGUUAAUACUGUAGCAUGUCUUCAGGUCUUCCAGUGACGUUAACCACAUAAGCCACCUUGUGGCCGUUUCAGGUAUUUAACUGUGUGUUGGGUAUACUUUCAUUGACUGGUAUUGAGAUAAGAUGGAAGAAAAUGGAGGUAAAUGUGACUUUCAUUGAAUAGUAUGAGGUCUGUUUUUUCCUUCUUUCUAUAGUUUCUCUUUCCCCCCGAAUGCUUCCUCUAAUUCCCAGUGACAAUCAACCUGUUAAUAAAGAC